CGCGUUUCGUUUGCUCACGGUUGUUUUCCUAACAGGAGUUACCGUUAGAGGUUAGAUACAUGCCAUGCGGACACCAGGAACUACAGCUCUCUUGUGGUCUUGUCUUCAGGGUGUGAACUCGUUCACGAUCCCUCCACAAGCAUUGGGCAAGACGGACAGGUCCCUUUCUGCACCAAGCUCAGCUGCUGUCGUCACGCGGGUUGAACAUGAAGAUCGUACAUGCCGUACCAGCAGCAGCAGGGGCAGCAGUAGCACACGCGUGAGGGCAAAGGGAGGUGCGGGCGAGGAAGAGGAAGGGGAAGAACAACAAGAUAUCAUCGAGAAGUUUUUCAGCCUGUUUUUCGGGAACAAGGACGAUGCGCCGGGAGGAGACCUGGAUCGCAUCACGGUCAAGAAGUUUCCGGACCAGUACCCCGCCGAGAAAAUUCUCCAGGCAGAGCCGGUUAAAGGAGACUCCAAAGACAUGGCCGUCAUCCGGCCGCUGCUCAAGCAAACCGAGCUAGAAUUCCGGAAGCUCAAGCUGGUGUACGACGCGAAGCGAAACGGGUGGAAACCCGCUGCAUUCCACAAGGGGGUGGAUUUCAAGGGCCCCGCGCUCGUGGUGGGCAAAACCAAGGGAGGGGCCGUCGUUGGCGGGUACAACCCUAAAGGGUGGGUGGGGUACGGAGAGUACAGACCGGGCUUGUCGGCGUUCUUGUUCACGUGGCGGGACGGGGACACCACCAAGAGAGCGAUGAAGCUCAGAAAGAUUGGGGGGGCGGGGCUCGCUGUCUGGGAUAAGCCGGAGUGCGGCCCUCUGUUCGGCUCGGAUGGUUUCGGGGUGGGGAUGCAGAAGGGCUCGGAGCGAAUGGGCAGGAGCAAGCUGGGCAGCUACUACGAGCGGCUUCCUGCUGCCUACGGAGGGUCGAGCAUCUUCGCUCCGGGAGACAACGGCGGCAUCGCGGAAAUGGUGGAUCUCAAGGCGUACGUGGGCGUUUACGAGAGAGGGGAGAAGAUUCCCUUCGACGACGCAAUUCCCUUCUCCCUGAGCUGAUCUGCAUCCCGUCUGUUUUGGGUGUUGGCGGAACUUUGAUGGGGGACGUCGCUUGUAAUCUCGUUGCCGUUGGUACAACACGCGAGGAGUUAGCCGAGGGUCUCCUUAGACCUACAACGGCAGCAGUGUCCAUAACCAUGUCGGUUCCUAGGCAUGGAGUGAUGUCUCGCAGGAUGAGUAAUGUUAUUUUCAGCUCCAUCUAGCGUCUCCCUAACACUUGGCACCACUAUUGUUUGCUCCUGUCAACAUGUAUUCGGCGCUCACUGUUUUGUGGUCGCUGUGGAUGGAUUGAUUGAUCACAUGCAUGUUCUUCUCGUCCUCUCGUCCAGGCGCACCACAGCCAGGUCAGCCGCCACUGAAAGAACAGAAACGACCCU